GUUUAGUAUGCGCUGCAAGACACACUUAGUCAGACACAAAGACACUUAAAAUGGUGAAACUCGAUUUGGAAAAGAUGUUGGAAACUUUGCUUUCAACGGUGAGAAGGAGGAAAAGUGAAGAGAGAAGGGAGAAAGGGGUUGAGAUUGUACCCAAAAAAGCUGAAGAUGUCCAAGAACUUGAAAGUUCUAACGGUCUAUUUACAGAAGGAGUUAUCAACUGGGUGUAUCGGAAAAUUAUGGAUUUGGCCGUGACUGUAUUAGAAAAACUGAUGGACUUUGUGGAGGCAGCUAUUUUAAGAGUAGUUAAUGCUGUGGAGUAUUUCUAUCAAGAUUUCAAAGUGCAGUGUGUCGCAUUGGGGGCUUUUGUGGAAUAUUUGACCAAUCGUUUGGGAUUCCAAAUCGAAAUGUAAUUUUGCCUGCGGUUCAAUAAAUUCCAGUCCAUGCCUUUGAAGCAAGAUUCGCACUAAA